AUGAGCUCCGCAGGAGCAGCUAACCCUAACACGGCUAACACUAGCCGGGAUUCUACAACAGACUCUUUGGCAAAUUCGUCAUCGGACAAUUACAGACUUCUUCUGCCCACACUGCCCACAGGUAACAUCUCUUUCAACACGGUAUUUCUGCACGCUGAUCCCUCUGGGAGACCAUAUCGGGCGGAUGACUUCGCGGAAAGCGUGUUGUCAAUUAUCGACAAAGAAGAUGUGGCCCAGUUUGGGGCGUACCUUUACAAUCAUGUGUGGGCUUUGACGCUGCACUCCAGAUUGCCAAAAGAAAGAUUAGUCGCCAAGAAGCAAAUCUCUGUGAAGAACAAGAAGUGCAUAAUCAUCGACCCGAAUGAAAAAGACGUUCACUUGUCAUUGCAUUGGCUUCCUAUGCAUAUUCCAGACAUCGCAGUAGUCAACGCACUCAGCGGCUUCGGUAAAGUUGAAAAAAUCGAAAGGGAGAAGUGGCGUUCAACUGCGUUUGCAGGUGCGGAAACGACUACGCGCCGGGUCUCUAUGGUGCUACGUGAUGGGGUGUCCGUCGAGAGUAUACCUCAUAUCAUGAGGAUUCUGGGAGGCCAAGUUCUAGUGGAUAUUCCUGGACGACCACCUCUAUGCCUCAGGUGUAAAAAAAUUGGCCACUUCAGGAAAAACUGCAGCUCAUCGUGGUGCAAGGCUUGUCGAAGGUUCGGCCAUGAUGCCGAUGACUGCGUGAGCACGUACGCGUCGAAGACCAGGGCGGCGGUAGAGGAUGCUUCAGUGGCGGACAUGAUGGACGUUGAAGACACAGCAGCGCUUCAUCCACGCCCUGAGGGGGACAGCGACACCUCAGCGCAAAACCACCAGGGACAUAUUGAAAGGGAUGACAGUAAUCGACAAGAAGCAGCUACUCAACAUGGCGAUAAGGAAACCGUAGUUUCCUAUGAAAACACUCCGGCGAAAGACGAAGAGCACAGUGAUGAUGUGUCCGAAUCUAACAGUGACGACAAGCAACGUCAAAUAGAGAAGUGUGAUGCACAGGCGGUGAAGGAGAUGGAGGGGCAGGAGACAUUAGAAGUCAACCAAGGCAGUAUCCUGAACGUGAAAGGAAAAGAAGACGAUAGCCGAAAUAUCCCGGAAUCGGUCACCUCUUUAUUGAUUGAAGAAUGUGGGAAGGGAAACGUAGCUGACGGUGGAAGGAAUGACCUGAAGUGGAAGGACAACCUCAAGAAAUCGCGGUACACUCCAGCCCCUCUCAUCACACCGGAAGAAAGAAGGAGGCUCCUGAAAGACAAAAGUAAGCUUCCUAUAGGAAAUCUUUAA